CUGACUGAGGAGAGCGAAGAUGGUUUAGUGGAGAGACUUUGAUGCGGGAAUUUUUCUUCUUUUUUGUCAAGCAAGUCGCGUUGAAAGUCAUACCGAGGGACGUACGGGAAGACGCUUAAGGAGUUCUCUGAGGGGGUUAUGAGAGGAAUUUUGUUGUUUUAGUGUGCGGGGUUUGUUUUUUUGGGGGAAAAUAUUUGGACAUGGCAGCUCGUGCUUUUGGUCGGGGCGCGAGACACUUUUAUUGAGGGUUGUUAGCUAGCGAGCUAGCCGAGACGCGGGGUUUUAACGUAAACGCUGAAAAGUUGGAUUUUACAGAGUGUAAGAAUCGUCAAACAUCAAUUUUUCCGAAGGUUUGGUUUACCAUCGACGACAGAACACAUUUUUUGGAUGUCUAAAUGCGGUUUGGGAGAUAAAUCCUGUCUCCUCGCUGUGUCCCCCCCACCUUUCCCUUCUUAUGGACCGGGUUGCUAUGGAUGAUUUACCCGAGUGGACACCUUCAGACUAAGAUUUUUUUAAAUAUAUAUUUUUUUCUAUAUAACCCGAUAUUAUGGACUAUACUAGUUUUUAGGAUUAACUCUGAAACUGGAUAUCAUUGCAAACAUUUAUUUAUGAACUUGUAACUUGAGAAGAAAGACAGACAGAAAGAAAGAGGACAAAAAAAAUCUGACUUCAAACUAUCAUUUAAGAAGAAGAAGGAAAAAAACUAAUAAAAUAGUUGUUUUAUUAUGUUGUUAAUAAUAAUAAGUACCAUGAAUUUAGUCAGGUGGAAACGUUUCUCUUUGAGAAAUGGAUGGGACAGACUGAUUCAUGUCCAAGUCUAGUCACCACUUUUUAAACAAACAAACAUUUAUUAUUAUUUUAAAAUUACUUAUAACUUAUAAGUUACGAUAAAGUCUAAGAUUGAUCCUGAACUUAAAAAAAAACAAAUAAGGAUGUUUUUUAUUUGUUGUGUGGACUGUUUUAUAUCUCACAUUGGAUCAGUGAAGCUGAAGAUGCUUUAGUGAAGAUCCUUGAUAUCACUGGCGCUUCAUGAACAUUCGGAAGAAAAUACUCAAAAAAGAGACAGGUCUAUCUUCAUCUUUAUCGUAAGCAGGAGCAGCAUCGUUGGUGCAUGAUUUGUUUCGGAUUUAAUCCCGAACUGAGGAUUAAACCAUCAGCCUGAAGAUGGGAUCUGCGACCAAACUUGCGUUUGCCGUUUUCCUCAUCUCCUGCUCAUCAGGGGCGAUCUUGGGCCGAUCGGAGACGCAGGAGUGUGUGUUCUACAACUCCAACUGGGAGAAAGACCGGACGAACCGCAGUGGAAUUGAGAUGUGUACCGGAGAGAAAGACAAGCGCCGGCACUGCUUCUCCACAUGGAAGAACAGCUCGGGAACCAUCGAGCUCGUCAAGCAGGGCUGCUGGCUCGACGACGUCAACUGCUACGACAGUAGCGAGUGUGUAGAGAGGAAGGACAGUCCAGAUGUGUUUUUCUGCUGCUGUGAGGGCAACAUGUGCAACGAGAAGAUUUACUACAGUCCUGACACUCAAGAAAAAGAGAACAUUUCGAACCCUCUGACACCGAAGCCAGAGCUGUUUAACACACUGCUCUACUCUCUGGUGCCAAUCAUGGGCAUCGCAGCCAUCCUGCUCUUCUCCUUCUGGAUGUACCACCACCACAAGCUGGCGUACCCGCCCGUGCUUGUCCCUACACAGGACCCCGGUUUAACUCCGCCCUCUCCACUCCUGGGCCAGAAGCCGCUGCAGUUGCUGGAGGUCAAGGCCAGGGGGCGCUUUGGGUGCGUAUGGAAGGCACAGCUGCUCAACGAACACGUGGCUGUGAAGAUCUUCCCCAUCCAGAAUAAGCAGUCCUGGCAGAACGAGUACGAGAUGUUCAGCCUGAGUGGGAUGAAACACGAGAACAUCCUCAACUUCAUCGGCGCUGAGAAGAGAGGGAACGGCAUGGACAUCGAGCUCUGGCUCAUCACAGCUUAUCACGAGAAGGGCUCACUGACUGAUUACCUGAAGGCGAAUGUGGUGUCCUGGAACGAUCUGUGUCACAUAGCUCAGACUUUUGCGCGAGGUUUGGCGUACCUGCACGAGGACAUCCCGGGCCUGAAGGACGGACACAAACCUGUCGUCGCACACAGGGACAUUAAGAGUAAGAACAUCCUGCUGAAAAACAAUCUCACUGCCUGCAUCGCCGACUUCGGCCUCGCCCUCAAAUUCGAGGCGGGAAAAUCAGCAGGUGACACACACGGGCAGGUGGGUACUCGGCGCUACAUGGCUCCAGAGGUGUUGGAAGGAGCCAUAAAUUUUCAGCGUGACGCCUUCCUGAGGAUUGAUAUGUACGCCGCAGGGCUCGUGCUGUGGGAACUGGCGUCCCGCUGCACUGCUGCAGACGGUCCAGUGGAUGAGUAUGCGUUGCCGUUUGAGGAGGAGGUGGGUCAGCAUCCGUCGUUAGAGGACAUGCAGGAAGUCGUCGUCCACAAGAAACUCAGACCCACUUUAAGAGAGUACUGGCAGAAACAUGCGGGCCUGGCCACGCUGUGCGAGACCAUAGAGGAGUGCUGGGAUCACGAAGCCGAGGCCCGCCUCUCGGCCGGCUGCGUGGAGGAGCGCAUCAUCACUAUGCAGCGACAGACCAACCUCAUCGCCCCCGACGACAACCUCAUCCUCGUCACCAUGGUGACCAACCUGGACUACCCGCCCAAAGAGUCCAGCCUAUGAUGCAGCCCCUCGUCAGCCAAUCGGACUGCAGCAGGUGUGGCGCGAUGUGGAGCCACAGGCGUCUCGGGCUCUCCAGGCUGCGAGGCCGUGCGCCUGUCCUGAGGAAACAUGAGUGUGUGUAGUGUGUGUGUGAGGCAGUUUAAACCCCGGGGACUUCUGGAGGAAAAGACAAGACGUGAUAACUGAUAUUACACACACACACGCACACACAUUCUCUCUCUCACACACAACACAAAGUACAUAUAUAAAUCUAUAUAUAUAUAUAUAAAGGACCUUCAUGACGGAGGCUGAAGAAAGGAAGUCACCGUUUGCACCAAAAGUGUUCUUUCAUCACAAGCGGAAAACUUCCUGUUUUUUGUUUUUUAAACAAGAGUGAAGACUUUACAAAAAAAAAAAAAAAGACAGUUUGGUUUUAUUAUGAAAAUCGUAACGCUCGAAUAAACUCCAAUCCCUUUUUUUUUUUUUCUUUUUUCUUUCUUCUGCAAGUUCCUAUGAAUCAUUAUUGUAACGCCAAUAAGAAGCGCUUCUGAAUGUCCAGUACUACUACAACUACACACACACACACACACACACACACACACACGAAGUAAACGUGUCCUAUACACCAGUCCCGAAAGCAGCGUUUAAUUUUUCUAUGCAGCGAGUGACGUCCGAAUCGAGAUUCUUCUCCAAUUUUAUGCAAAUUACACAAAUGCGACGACGGGAUACCGACCGACCGACCGAACGUCACAACUUGAGCGCGACUCCGAGUGAACGCGAAGGAGGAGGAUUUUAGUCCAAUGAGCUGUGCAUGUGCCCAUGAUUACGUAAUUAAGCUUCCCGUCCUUAUUUCAUUCUUCUCUCUCAACAAAGCCACGCCCUCAGUGAGUCAGGCGUUCCUGAAGUGAUGCAUUCUAGGAAAUCAUCAUCUGUAAAACCAAGCUUCUGAAUCUUAAUCAUGACCCGUGUUUAAAUGUUUGUUGUUAUUUCAGUUUAUUGGGUGAUGCAGCACUUCAUAGCUGAUCCAUCUCUCUCUCACACACACACAAACACACACACACACAGCAUUACUGCUUUUCUAUAUUGCGUUUAUUUUUUAUUUUUUGUCUGCUGCCGUAAAAGCAUCGUCAUUGUCCCCCUUUUUUUUGUUUUUGUUUUUUGGCAGGGAGGAUUUUUUUUUUUUUUGUGAAGCUGUGAAGGGUAACCCACGGUGGAUUCUGGGUAAAAUCUGCACCGUAGACUUUUUAAAGUCCCAAGUACGGAGUGAUGGAGUCACUUUCCUAAGGACUGUUGAAAAGCUUGUAUUUCAUAUCAUACUAAAAAAAGUUCACAUUCAUUUCUCUCUCACACACACACACAAACACAGCUCAGCUGCUCUGGGUUUCAUGAUGCACACCCUCAGGUAAACCUCUCGGUCUCUCCGUUUCUCCUCCGUCUGUUCAUUCCGGUGCCAUCGAAAACAAUAAUCUGGGUCUCUUUCAGUUUAUUUGUUGAUUUUUCUGCAACACAGUUUUUUUUUUGGACGUUUCUUAUGAAUUAACACUAAACCUCUCUCUCUCUCUCCCUCCUGUAUGGAAACACACUACAUCAGUAUUCAGGGAUUCAGCACUAUGCUUUUGUUAAAAAAACAUAUAAAUAAAAUAAAAAUCACAGUUCUUAUGCAAUCAUAGCAGGUGCAACAGCAACUUCUGUAACUGUAGCAUGUCUUGAUUUUAAGCUGCUUUAUUUUUUCCCCCGGUUAUUUAUUUUUUCAUGCUACAGUGGGUGCCAAUACUUUAAAACACUAAGUUGAAAUACAUACACACCUGAUCUACAAAUUAUAAACAAGAUGCACACACACACACACACACUACUGUUUCUCAUCACACUAUCUACGGUAUUGCAGAGGGAAGGGGAGUUUUAGUGUUAUUACGUGUGUGUGUGAGCGAGAGAGAGAGAUUUUGUAUCCUGUUUAAGGAGCAACAGGAGUGUAUAGAUGUUCUCGUGCUGUGAAUUUACAGAAAACACACAUCAGCUGUGCAGGCUGCUCGUUUUUUUUUGUUUGUUUUUUUAUGGACAGAGUUGAAGCCCUGAGUGUCACACACUUUAUUACCUUUUUGUUUGUUUUGUUGUUCUUGUUGUCGUUUUCUUCUCCCCUUUUCAGCCGCGCCUGCUCGUUUUUAAUGACCGUGGCCGAGCCGCGUGAGCGAGCGUCGCACGCAGGCCUCCUGAAGCUGCACAUAGCUGUAAAUACAGUGUGUGAACGUAUGAUGUAUGUUGUAGAUUACCAGUAUAGCAUGAAGUUGUUUUAUUUUCAAAGGUAAUCACCAGGCAAAAAAAACAAAAACAAAAAAAAUUAUAAUAAUGAUGAUGAUAAUAAUCCUUUUUACAAGAAAAAGAUGUACAUGAAAAGAAAAGAAAAAAAAAACUAUUCGAUAGUGAGAUGUUACAGUUUUAUAUAUAAACUAGAUUUGGGUCGUAUUAAUUUAUGUUAAGCCCCGGAAAUGUCACUUAAAUCCCCGCUGUGAAUUAUACGGGGUUACACUUUGUUUAUAUUUUGUGUUUAUAUAUAAAAACAUACAGAGUCAGCCAAAAAAAUGUAUACACACUUCAGGAAAUGAAAAAUCUUUAUAAAUAUUUUAAUACUAAAUUUAUUGUUUAUAUGUUUAAUAUGGAGAUUUAAGAGUCCAAAAUAUAUAUACACAUGCGUACACUAUAUUACAAAAAGUAUUCACUCGCCUGCCUUUACGUGCAUAUGAACUUGAGUAACAUCUGAUUUUUAAUCCAUGUUUAAUAUAAUGUUAGCCCCGCCCCCUCUGCAGCUAUAACCGCUUCAACUGGUGUAGGGUUUGUUUUCCAGGGGUUGGACUCCGCCCCUUUUACUUCCAGUCAAAGAAACUCUUAAUGCUUCAGCAUACCAAGACAUUUCACCUUGUGGGAAGCAAAAGGGGGCGGGGCGGGGUCAGCAUCAUAUGGAUUGGGAAUCGGAUGUUACUCAAGUUCAUAUGCAUGUGAAGGCAGGCGAGCGAAUCCUUUAGGUAAUAUCGAGUAUAUAUAUAUAUAUAUAUAAUAUACACACACAUCAUACUAUUUUCCAUUUCCUGAAGUGUGUAAAAAAAAAUGUUUGGCUUGCUCUGUGUGUAUACACACACAUUUCUCAACUCAAAUGAAAUCGCAUUGUAAGCUUGUGCUUUGAAUGCAUCCACGAAAACAAAUAAAUAAUUAAAGGAUUGUACAACACUAAACAGGACCCGAGCUUAUGUUGUGAGCUGUGUGUAGCACGACAGGGUUGCACAAUAUGCACACAAAAGUUAAACGCCCGUAUUAAAACCGUUUGUCAUGCUGUAGACGAGCGUCAUCCUUUUGGCUUGGAUUUCUGUUAACAUGCAAGCUUUAAGGCUCGUGUGGUUGUGAGGUGCCAAUAUUUUCUAACCGGAGAAAUUCCAGGGUUAAUCAGCCGAACAGUUUAGCAACCAGCAGUAAGAAAACAGCGAGAGGAAAUCCAGCUUAAUUAUUAUUAUCGUUGUUGUUUAUUUAUUUAUUAGUAAAAUAGCAGACAGCACCCGAUGCAAAUUCCUCGUUUCCCUUUCAGAGAAGAAUUGUCUCUUCCACUAGGAAAAUUAUCGAGUAAGCAGAAAGGCGUCGCGUCAUCAUCACCAUCACGCGCUGGACCUGGGGCUCUGUUAAAGACGAACGUUUUUCAUCAACUGUAAUUCACCUUCCAGACACCAGAGGGCUCUAAAGUCAGACAGCGCUGCUUUAACGCGACCAGUUUCAAAGGAAUUUAAACGCAUUUUGCGAUAAUGAUUU